CUCGUCGGCUCCCUCCGUGUCCUCUGUGCCCUAAAUCCUGCUCACUGCGGUCCGCUCACAGCCCAACCGUCUUCCGCCGCCACCCUCAACGGCGGCGCUCACCACCAUCCUGUUCCUCCUCUGUUAGAAGUCGCUAAAAGCUCAGUAUGCCACCGAAAGAAAUCCUGCAUGAUUAGUAUUGAACUGUAAACAAAUCAACUCAUUGAAUCGGAUGGGACUCUCCUAAACAUCGUUCUUUCUUGCGCCUCCCUUGUUCACUUCGCAGUUUGAAAGGUGUGAUCGGGACUUGAAGGUUUCGUUUCUUCUUCAUUUGAUCCAUCGGAGCAGUGAGCAAAGAUGAGGAAGUUGAAGUUCCACGAGAAAAAGCUCCUCAAGAAGGUCAAUUUCAUCGAGUACAAACGCGAGGGCGGCCACCGAGAAGCCCUCGUCACGCGCCGUUACCACCUCACCGAGAGAGAUGACUACAAGAAGUAUUCGAGUAUAUGCAGGAUGGUGCAGAAGCUAGUGCACGUCUUGAAGCAAAUGGAUCCCAGAGACCCUUUCCGUAUCGAGACGACAGAUGCCCUGCUGGAAAAGCUUUAUAAUAUGGGUGUAAUCUCAACAAAAAAGAGCUUGGCCAAGUGUGACAAACUCUCAGUUAGUUCCUUCUGUAGACGCAGGCUGGCUACUGUUUUGGUGUACCUAAAGUUUGCUGAGCAUCUAAGGGAGGCUGUAACAUACAUCGAACAAGGCCACGUCCGGGUAGGGCCAGAUGUGGUGACAGAUCCGGCAUUUCUCGUGACAAGGAACAUGGAGGACUUUGUGACCUGGGUGGAUUCUUCCAAGAUCAAGAGGAAGGUGAUGGAGUAUAAUGAGAGAUUGGAUGACUACGAUGUGCUGAAUGCUUAAGUUAUCUAUCUAGUAUCCAUGGGGUAAUCUCUUAGGCAUGCAAGACAAACUGAUGAGGGUAGUUCUCCCGGCCUGGUUGAGAUACAAUAUCUAAUCCAAUUAUCCAGUUUCAGCUGAGUUUGUUGAACAAUGCUAUCCAACAUAGAAACCGGAAGCCUUGAAAGGGCAAUCAUAGUGUCCCAAACAUAUUUUAAAUAUUGUAAAUUCUAGGUAUUUGAGUGGGAUGUGAAAUCAGAAACAACCGAGGUUCUAUUCCAUGCUUAUCUUUUACUAGUGUCGGAAAACACUGAACCCACUUGAUUCACAUUAUAUCAAACUCUACAAAAUUA